AAAUCCAUCUUCUUCCAUCUCCUCCCCGACACUCUCUCUCAUAUUUAAAGGCCGUAUUAGGCACAACUAAACCCAAGAAGCAGAGAAAGCAGCAAAGGUAGACGCAUCCACAGCAUUUAACUUUACCUCGUGUGAGUCACGUGAGUCGCUGAAACUCACAAGAAAAACAAGAGAUUGAUACAAAAAGUCAAGAGGAUUAAUGGAGGAGAGCAGCAGAAGCACAGAAAAGGUAAAGAAAAGUGGAGAAAAUGAACAGGUUCUAGAUGGUUCAGAUAUAAUUGAGUUGGUUGAGAACGAGGAGGUGUUUAGCAGUUUCGUGGAUCAUAAGUUCCAGGAGCUGGAUAGAGAUAGAGACGGUCACCUCUCUGUCAAGGAACUUCAGCCUGCUGUUGCUGAUAUUAGUGCUGCCCUUGGCUUGCCUUCUCAGGGUUCUUCUCCUGAUUCUGAUCUUAUCUAUUCUGAGGUUCUUAAUGAAUUCCCUCAUGGCAAGCAAGAGAAAGUGAGCAAGCCUGAAUUUAAAGAGGUUCUGUCAGAUAUUUUACUAGGCAUGGCUGCUGGCUUGAAGCGAGACCCUAUAAUCAUACUCCGCAUGGAUGGUGAAGACCUCUCAGAGUUCAUUAAUGGACCAAGUUAUGAAGCAGAAAUGAUCUCCAUAUUUUCACAGCUAGAAUCACCUGAUGGAUCACUCCAUGAUUUCAUUGUUAAAGCCUUGGAAAAGCUUACAGUUGAUCAAGGAAUGCCCCCUUCUUCAGAUUCCUGGGUGAUGAGCAACAUUGUGGAACCAGCCCUGGAAUCUUGCACUGGACAAGACCAUGAUAAGCCCAUCUCUCAAGAAACAUUCUUGGUGGAAUUCAAGAAAAUAGCAGAACGUGUAGCUCAGCGUCUAAAAGAACAGCCUGUUAUUGUUGCUCACUGUGAAAAUACCUUUGAUGGGAGUAGCAUUAAGAGACUACUAACCAACAAGUUUGAAUUAGACAAGACUUUGAACACAGCAUUAGAAGAUGUGCCGAAAGAUCGAAACGGGAAAAUGGCUAAGGAGUAUUUACGGGUGGCACUGGAUUCAGUGGCUCCAUCAGCUGGUCUACCUCCAAUUGGUGUUGUUGAUGAGAUAGACAAGGUUGUAGAUGAAGGGCUUAAGAUGAUGGAUGCAGAAGAUGGGAAGCUGGUUAAAGAAGACGAGUUCAAGAUGUUAUUGACUGAAAUCCUAGGAAGUAUUAUGUUGCAAAUAGAGGGCAACCCCAUCUCAGUUUCUUCAAAUUCUGUUGUGCACGAGCCUCUUGCUUCCUCUUCUACGCUUCUGCAGCCAUAUUACUAGCAUAUAUAUAUAUAUAUAUAUAUAGUGAUCAUAAUAUGAAAGAGGAAUGAUUAUUUGUUAGCAUAUAAAGAAGGUGGAAAGCUACGCAUGGUCGUGAUUAUGUGCAAUUAACUUGAUUGUGCGAAUAUAGAAUAACUUGGUUA